AAGAAAAUAAAUGUAUAAUAAUAUACUUAUAUACGUAUCAUAAAAAAAAUAUGUUAUACCUAAUACAAAAGGUGUUACAUGCAUGGUGGAAACAGUCACUUAAAGUCAAGAAAUCAGAAAUAAAAAAUCCUGUGCUUCAAAGGUUAAAGCAACUAGGUUUACCCGAUUUGAAACUAAAGCAAGAUGUAUCCACACGUUGAAACAGUAGCCUCUUAACGCUUGAACGGUUGGUAACAUUAAAAGAACCACUUACUUGUGUCAUGAUGUCGCUAAAGGAUGGUCCAACAAUGCUCCUACCAAUGGAAUGGAGAAUUAUAGAGGAUAUUAUACCACUGCUAACACCGUUUAAUUUGAUGACAACUGAACUUUCAGGCGGAAAAUACCCAACACUUGACAUGGUUAUUCCUUUAGUGAGAGGUGUGGAUAUUUCUCUUAAUUCUAAAACAAUGGAGACAGAAUUAGGAGUAGCAUUAAAAAGUAAAUUAAUACAAAAUAUGGCAGAUCGUUUUGAUUUGAUUGAAGAUAAUGAUAUUUUACCUUGUUUUGCAAUUGCAACAGUUCUUGACCCACGGUUUAAGAAAGUAGCUUUUACAAAUAUAGAGUUGGCCAAUAAAGCUAUACAGAAUAUAAAAUAUGAAUUAGCUGCAUUAAUUGGUGAAAACAGUGAGCAUUCAUCACUCAGACUAAAUCAUGAAUCUCAAGAAAACCAAUGCUUUAACUUAUGGGCAUUUCGACAACAGAAGUAGAAGAGGAAAGGACUACUUUAACUUCAACAACAACCGCUGAAACACUUAUAAACUAAUAUAUUAGUCUUCCUCUUGAAAAACGAUUAAGUAUUCCACUAGAUUUCUGGAUCAAACAUCAGUCACUUCUGGACUCAUUAUUUAAAAUAGCUGUGAAAUAUUCUACAACUCCAGUGACUUYAGUUCCCUCAGAAAGAGUUUUUUCAAAGACAGGGGAAAUAAUAGGUGCCAAAAGAAAUCGGCUGGAUCCAAAAAAUUUAGAUAUUCUAUUUUUUUUUAAACAAAAAUUUAAAAGAUUUAUCAUAGACAUUUUUAUAUUUA